AAUAAAAGUUAGAGAGAGAGAGAAAGAAUAAGCCAACCCCAAAUCCAAAGCCAUGGAAUGGAAGAACAACACAAAAUAUAUGGAGGAGGGUGCCACAUGAUGCACAGUCACAGUGCCUUUAUUUCUGCAGUAUAAGAAAGCUGAAAGAUCGGGUAUUUAGGCCUCUUUUUGGGGAAGAUAUAGCGGUGAAUCUUGUGAAGCUUGUGUGCGUUUUCAUUUCCUUCUCUCUCUUUUAUCUGCUCUUUUGCACCCUCAUGAGGAUCCGCAAAAGGCAUGCGCUUUUAUCUUCCUCCCACUUUCCGCCCACUCCUCCGUCAGAUCCCCACCGCUCACCAGGGCUGGUGCAACUCACCACCGCAAAUCUCCACCACCGACAACGUGGCUCCGAUCAUGGUGCUCAACCGUCUGAUCAACCUGUCGCGCCUAUCAACGGCUGGGAUGAUUCCUCCGGUGAGAGUGGGGCACACAGACAGCACAUCAAGCAAGACCCUUCGGUGGAGGAUGAUUAUGAUUAUGAUGAUGGAAGAAGAGAAGACAGUGGUGAAGACUCGGAGGACAAGAAAAGUAAUCAUUCCAGGAAAGGAAACAUCUUUGGUUCUUCCCAAACACUGCCACCAGCACCACCGUUAAACCUUCAAGAUGAGAGAUGGUGUGAGGAAGAGAAAGCGAUUCCUUUCAAGAAACGAAGAGGGAGCUUUGACAACAUGGGAAUAAGUGAUGGUAAGAAGACGAAAGCGAGGAUGAAGACGAAGAUGAACAACAAGUGCAGUAAUAGCAAGAGUGAAGAGGAGAAGGUGAAAGGGAAGAAGAAGAAGAAGGGGAGGGGCAGUGCAGUAAUGGAAGGAUCACGGUGCAGUCGUGUGAAUGGAAGAGGUUGGAGGUGUUGCCAACAAACUCUUGUUGGUUACUCCCUCUGUGAGCAUCACUUGGGCAAAGGAAGACUCAGAAGCAUGACAAGUGUUCGAAACCGUUCUACAACAACAAAGGUGGUGGUGCAACAACAACAACAACAACAACAACAACAUCCUCAUGAUCAUGGUAAUAAUAAUAAUAAUCCUUCAUCUUCUUCUUCUUCUGAUAAGCUCAGCUUGAAGACGAUAAUGGGUGGUAGUAGUAGCAACAAGAGGAAGAUGAAGCAGCUUGGAAUGGUGAAAGCUCGAUCCAUAAACAGCUUACUGGGCCAAACAACUAACACACCCAUUGCGCACACUUAGCUUCAUUGUUAUUUCAUGUCGAACCAUUAUGUUAUUACAUAUACUUGGUGCAACUCAAAAGUUCUUCGUUGCUGAUGAAUUCAUGAAUAAUUUUGACGUGAUUCCCAUGAAUUAAUUGCACCGUUUCGAUUGUGGAUCGUCUUUACAUUCAUGCACUCUUUACACUAUUUCAU